UCUCCAUAAAUCUUCCCCUAUUCCAAAUCUUCUCCAUAUAACUUCUUCCUCAUACGCCUAACACUCUCUCUCUCUCCCUCUCUCUCUCAUUUUUUCGUUCUCUCUAGAAAUCAAUCAAACCAUGUAUUUCAUCGCCGGCCCAUCAGAGGUCCUCGCCGUCACCGGCUGCGGAAUCCCCGGCAUCAAGCUCGCCAAAAAGAAGUGGCUAUCGGGCCAAAAGUUCACCCGAGUCGACAUCUCACCAGUCAACUACACCUUCGAAGUGCAGGCUAUGAGCGCAGAGAAACUCCCAUUCAUACUUCCUGCUGUCUUCACGAUCGGCCCCAGGGUUGACUGUGAAGAGAGCAUGUUGAAGUACGCAAAGCUCAUAUCCCCACACGACAAGCUCUCGAACCACGUCACGGAGCUUGUGCAGGGAGUCAUCGAAGGCGAGACUCGAGUUCUCGCUGCCUCAAUGACUAUGGAGCAGAUCUUUAAGGGGACUAAGGAGUUUAAGAAGGAGGUUUUUGAUAAGGUUCAACUUGAACUUGAUCAGUUUGGGCUUCAUAUUUAUAAUGCUAAUGUUAAGCAGUUGGUUGAUGUGAGAGGGCAUGAGUAUUUUUCUUAUCUGGGACAGAAAACUCAGAUGGAGGCUGCCAAUCAAGCCAGGAUUGAUGUUGCAGAGGCAAAGAUGAAGGGUGAGAUCGGUUCGAAGCAACGAGAAGGGCUAACAACACAAAAUGCAGCGAAAAUUGACGCAGAGACGAAGAUUAUAGCGACAAAGAGGCAAGGAGAGGGAAAGAAGGAGGAAGUAAAAGUGAAGACAGAGGUACAAAUAUUUGAGAACCAAAAGGCGGCUGAGGUGGCGGAGGCGAACGCUGAGUUGGCAACGAAGAAGGCGGGGUGGGCCCAGUUGGCCCAGCUGGCGGAGGUGGAAUCGGCUAAGGCGGUGGCAUUGAGGGAGGCUGAGUUGCAGAGGGCGGUGGAGGAGAAGAACGCUUUGACUCAGUUGGAGAAACUCAAGGCUGAGAAUUUGAGCAAAGCUAGCGUGGAAUAUGAAAUUAAGGUACAAGAAGCAAAUUCAGAGCUGUACAAGAAGCAGAAAGAAGCAGAAGCAGUUCUCUUCGAGGAGCAAAAAAGGGCAGAAGCACAGAAAGCAGGCGCCGAUGCAGCCUUCUACACUUGCCAACAGGUGGCAGACGGCGAGCUCUACUCGAAGAAAAAAGAAGCUGAAGGCAUCGCUGCCAUGGCAGAAGCCCAAGGCUUUUACUUGAGGAAUCUCCUCAAAGAAGCCAAUGGAAACUACGCGGCGGUCAGAGACUAUAUGAUGAUCAAUAGCGGUAUGUUCCAAGAGAUAGCCAAGAUUAACGCGCAAGGGGUGCAGGGGCUGCAGCCCAAAAUCAGUGUCUGGUCAGGUGCUAAUAAUGGUGGCGGUGAAGGCAGUGCUGGUGGUGGUGCAAUGAAGGAUGUUGCCGGAGUUUAUAGCAUGUUGCCGCCGUUGUUUCAGACUGUGCAUGAGCAGACUGGGAUGUUGCCACCAGCAUGGUUGGGCACGUUGCCUAGUUCAAGUUAAUUUAUACCUCUUCUACACAGUGAUUUUAGGUUCUCUAAGGUUUUCAAAACUUUAUUCAGUCUAUAUGGUCUUAUUGCUUUAUAUUUUGAGGGAUAGGUACAUAAAAAUAUACUUGGUAGUGUCAUGAAUUAUUAUAUAUAGUGGGUGUUUGCCGAGCUGGGUUUGGAGGACUUUUCGGUUAAA